AAUCUGAUAAUUAGCAUGUUCCAUGAUCUGUGUAUCGUCCACAGAUCACGUAGAAUUGUAUAAAGAGAAAGGAAGAAGAGAAAGGAUAGAGAUUAUAUUAGGAGGAAUUAGAAGUUGCCGGGAAGUGAGAUUUUAAUGUUUUAACGAAAAAUAACAUAUAAUUAAGGACUACGUACGUGUGAAUUUACGCGCGUGCGCAAUUUAUUAAUUACUUUUUCGACACACGAUCACAGUCGUUCGGCAUGGAUGCCAAAACUCUUCCAAGUCUGCUGAGCUUGAAGGUGGCACCUCCAUCAGAGUUACAAAAUCAGAAUGUUGACAAUGGAGUUGGAGAAGGAGACGGUGGUCCUGUGAAAUUACCAGCUGCUUUGGAGCAAGCCCUGGCAUUUAAAACAGAAAGGGCUAAAGAAGUAGGAGGAGAUCCCAAUGAUGUUAUUUCCGUAAAUAAAUCACCAAAGGACGACAGCGAGGAUGUACCGCAGAUAGAAGAUGUCAUAACAGAACCAGAACCAGCUGUAGAAAAGAUAGAAUCCAAAUCGAGUAAAACAAAAAAGAAGAAAAAGUCAAAGAGGAAGAGGCACAAUACAGAGAAAAAGAAUGCUGAGCAGAAGAAGGAUAAUGCAGAGGAAGCCAAGAAUAAAGAGGACAUGCCAGAAAUAGAAUAUAUACAGGAGAUACCAAGCAUAACCGACCUGGAGCCCAUGUAUCGCCAAUUUGUUCGAGUCUUUGAGGCGUUCAAGCUGGUGGAACCAGAACCAAGUCUGAAUGACGCAACUGAUAAAGGUGAGCCUAUCGGACAAUACCCACCAGUAACAAACGUACAAGCUGCCGGCACUGGAGUACCAAGUAAAGUACCAUUGUUGGAUGAUUUUGAUGACGAGGCGAAUCAGCAACAGCAGCAACAGGGUACUGGAGAAAAUGGCGCGCCGCGUCUGUCCAAACGUAAGCUCAAGAGGCUGACGCGACUGAGUGUGGCAGAGCUGAAGCAAUUGGUAGGUCGUCCUGAUGUCGUAGAGAUGCACGACGUUACCGCGCGCGAUCCGAAGCUGCUCGUGCAGCUGAAGGCGCAUCGAAACACGGUACCAGUGCCGAGGCAUUGGUGCUUCAAACGCAAAUAUCUUCAAGGCAAGCGGGGCAUAGAGAAGCCACCCUUCGAUCUACCAGACUUUAUAAAGCGCACUGGUAUUACGGAGAUGAGGGCGAGUUUACAAGAGCGUGACGAUACGCGGACGUUGAAGGCGAAGAUGCGGGAACGGGCACGACCAAAGUUGGGCAAGAUCGACAUCGACUAUCAAAAGCUGCAUGACGCGUUCUUCAAAUGGCAGACGAAACCGCGCAUGACGAUCCACGGCGAUCUCUAUUACGAGGGCAAGGAAUUCGAAACGCGUUUGAAGGAGAAGAAGCCCGGAGAAUUGUCGGACGAGCUACGCACAGCCCUGGGCAUGCCGGUGGGCCCAAAUUGUCAGAAGGUACCGCCACCGUGGCUCAUAGCUAUGCAGCGUUACGGCCCGCCGCCGAGUUAUCCAAAUCUCAAGAUACCUGGUUUGAACGCACCUAUCCCAGAAGGUUGCGCUUUUGGCUAUCAUGCUGGUGGAUGGGGAAAACCACCGGUGGACGAAACUGGAAGACCUCUGUACGGAGAUGUAUUUGGUAUAUCGCGUACGUCUGGCGCGGACGCGAUGGACGAGGAAGUAGACCGAGGAAUGUGGGGCGAACCUGAAUCGGAAUCGUCGGGCGAGGAGGAUGAGGACGAGGAUGCCGAGGAGGGUGGCGAAGGUGGUGAGGAAGGAAAGGAUGGAGAUGGCGAUGCCAGUGGACUAGUCACUCCUGGUGCCGAAGGCCUGAUCACGCCGAGUGGUAUCACGUCGAUUCCAGCGGGUCUGGAGACCCCGGAGACCAUUGAGCUGAGAAAGAAGAAAAUCGAGAGCGAAAUGGAAGGCGGUGACACGCCCGCGCUCUAUACAGUACUUCAGGAACGACGUACAGAAGGUCUAGGUGCCAGUAUGAUGGGCAGCACCCAUGUGUAUGAUAUGACCGGUGCGGCUGGUGGUCAGGCACCACCGUCCGUGAUCGCUGCACGUCGCGGUGCUAUCAGCGGCAGCGCUAGCGACGCUCGUGCGGAGAAGGACGGUGCGGUAGAAUUGACGCUGGAUCCCAGCGAGCUGGACUUGGACUCCGAGGCGAUGGCGUCCAGGUAUGAAGAGACAAUGAGAUCUAGGCAAGCGCAUCUUAGAAGAGAAGAUUUAUCAGAUAUGCUGCAAGAUCAUGUACAACGACAGAAGAGCAAACGUAAACGUCAGCAAAUCCAGGAUACAAAGACAUCUAAGAAAUAUAAAGAGUUCAAAUUUUAAAUUUUGUAUUAUUUCCUCAAUUAUGUGUACUGUAUUAUAGGAAUUAAAAAAUUGUUUAAGGUAAUAUGAAAAAAUGAUUAGGCUUAAUAUAAUAUAAUAUAAUAUUAACAAUGAAACGGUUAUAUCGCUUAAAAAUGACUUUUAUAUUUCAUGUUUACAUGUUACAUGAGUGAUUGAUAGACACUGUAUUAAUGGUAACACUAUGAAUAAUUGCAUAUUUUCCAAUUAGAAUAAUUAUCUAUUUUUAUGUAAUACAAAUACACAAGAGAAUGUAGAUUACACAAGAGAAUGUAGAUCUCAUUCGAAUAUAUAUACAUACACUAAGAUGCACUUAUUCAAUUUUUUAGUUAAAUACACAUUUCAAAUGACAA